GGAGGAGGAGGACCCGCUGACUGGGCUGCGUGCGCAGCUUCAGUCUGGAGUCGCUACGACGGGACCGCAAUGAAGAGAUAAAUAGAACCCUUAUCUAUUUAUUUUUCUAAGUGUUCCUGGUCCGGUUCAGUGAUACGUGAGAGGGGGCGGCUGCUGCGGGAGGCUGCGACCGCGCUCGUCUGCUUGUUAGGGCUGCCUAGAAGAAUUAUGGAUGAGACCCGUCAGUAGCACUUGAUGAAGAUUUGGGUUGUUUCUUCAGUCUGAACAAUGGAGAGUAGUGAUGAUGUGUCUGUAACCAUGACACAGUCUCAGACUGAUGAGGUUGGGGGAGGAGAAAUCCCCAGUAAAGUGGAGGAUGGAGUAAACCUACCUGUUCCUGCUGAUUCCUGCGGCAGCAAUGUGACAGAACUGAGUAAAGGAGGGCUCUCGAACCUGGCGGAGCCUUCGGUACCGUCAGUGGUGAGUCCCGCUGCUGAAGCACCAGGAGGCGUGGCGCUUAAAGUCGCCACCACUGUCCUACACCCGAUGUGCCUGGGAGAGAGCCCGCUGAUGCUGCCCAUCCACCUCCAGAUGGCUGGAGCAGCUGCGCCUCAGCUCGGCCAAAUGGGGGCAGCACCGUACUUGAUAACGAGCCAAAGCCCAGUUUCACUUCCUCUGGUCUUGGAUCAGCAGGUCAUCCAGCACAUGAGCCCCUCUGUGAUUCCUCAGACCGCUAACUGCCCCCAGAUCCAGAGCAACGUCCUGUGUCAGAAUCCUUUGACGUUCGGUUUACCUCCAGCUGCGGACCAGAAGUCAGCGGGACAAACGCAGGAUGCUAACCUGCUCUCUCUCCUGCAGAAUCCGGCGUUCGUAGCCCUCAUGCAGGAUCUCUUCCCCUCCCAGGCAGCAGGUUCAUCAACCUGUCAGUCGCCAGGCUCCACCUUCUUCCCUCUUCCUCCCCUCACGCCUCCCUACACCUCCCCUCUGUCCCCGCUAGUCCCCCCUGCCACUCUUCUAGUCCCCUAUCCUGUCAUCAUCCCCCUGCCAGUGCCUCUGCCAAUCCCUCUUCCCAUCCCCAUUCCUGUUCCUCAGGCCGAGGACUCGAAGGGGAACAUGCCAAAACCAGUUUGCACUGUGAGUAAAAGCACUCAGACUUCUCCAAAAGAUACUACCUCUCCUCCUUUGUUGUCUUCGAGCAGAUGUGUGCCAUCAUUCCAGCCUCAAAACGUGACCCCGUCGUUGCUUCCUGUAGAUGAAGGACAGGCUCUGGACCUUUCUGUCAAAGCAUGCCCAGUUGAACUAAAACAGGAAUAUCCCAGUCCGCAGCAGGACAGCGUGCUGGACUUGUCAGUGCCUGGUGUGAGGAAAAAGUGUGUUCAGGCAGACAAAGGAGUAGCUUUCCACUCCGGUCAAGACUCCAGCGGUACUUCUGUAUCUCUGGGGGUCGAAUGCACUCAGAGUUUAGAUUCCAAACUCCUGGGCAGCCUGGCUUCACUGGAGUUCAGCCGGCAGCACAAGUGGGUGGUUGACAGCAGCGCAGGCGGGUCGAGCUCUCGGAGUCAGGAAGCGUCUCUCAGCACGGCCGGAAACCUUGAGAUAGUCAGCACCUCGCAGACGGCCAAGGUCAUUGUGGCGGUGAAGGACGCCAUCCCCGCCAUCCUCUGCGGGAAGAUCAAAGGCCUUUCAGGAGUCUCCACCAAGAACUUUUCCAUCAAACGGGACGGCAGCCAGGCUGCGUCCCUGCAGCAGCUGUACGGGGUGUCGACAGCGUCCCAGCUGGAGCAGCACGACCCCAACAACCCACUGAAAAAGGUCCCGAAGAGCCGGGCGAUCAAACUGAAGAAGGUCAGCUCGCAAGAGAUCCAUUUCCUCCCCAUGAAGAAGCAGAGACUCGCAGCACUGCUACCCAGGAAGUGAAAGUGUUCAGCAGAGGGGGAUUAAUAGUCAGACCGCUCUCUGGUAAUCCCUCCGGAGCGUGUAACAUAAAACACAUGUGGGGACGUUCUGUAAUCAAGCUCAUACACUUAAAAAUGUCCAAUCAGCUCGUAGAGACUUUGGCCCCGAAUGUUGCGUAAACUGAGGCUUGUGAAUGUCUGACAGUGUGACACAGUAGUUACAGAAAUGGUUUCCAUCGGACUUCUCUGCCUCGCUGUGUUUUAUUGUACUGCACUACUCUCCAGUGUUAUGCUAAACCAUAAAUAUGUGUGUGUGUGUGUAUGGCAGCUUAAUGGGCUCUCCAUGUGGCUUUGGAGAUUGUCUCUUUGAAUCGAAAGAUGUUGAGGAACAUUUUUUGACUUUAGAAUUACAGCAGAGACACAUGGGUUCCAUUUCUCCAAUUUAGAUCACAGUUUGUUUCCACAUGUAAUUUUUAUUUAUGUGCACUGAAGAAGUUAAAAAAAAAAAAAAAAAAAAACCUGGUAGUUGAGGUUCUCACUGCUCAGAGCAGAGCAGUAUGUGCUGGCAGGACGUGACUGAGACUGUUAAAACAUGUCCCAUCGUCGGAAAUUCCCAUAGUCAUCAGUGGCUCAGUGGAGCGAUUCAUUCCCCUCUGAUUGGUAAGGGUUUAGCAUGACAGGCUAAUAAUCACUUGGCAAGGCCGGAGCCAAAACUUCAUUCUAAUGAACGUUGGCGACAGCCGUCUGUUGCGACAAAACACAUUCUCGUUUUGUUUAACAGCAGGAAAAAAGGGAUGUCUGAAUUGUUUUCACAUUUAAAACAGAGCUUUCUAUCAGCCUGACAGAAAUCAGGGCAGUAUUUCUGGAAAAGGAGACGUUUUUGUUGCUGGCUGAAUGAGCCCUUCUUAAUCCAAAAUAGAAGCAUAAACACUUUAGAGCAAGUGUCUAAAACGCCAGAACCCGCUGCUGUUUCCAAGAGCUAAUGAAGUGAAGCUAGGUGGAAGUUUAAUAUUGAUUUGUUGAAACCUGUUGAAAAUGUGAACUGGAGCUGAGGUGAAGGGAACAGCCAGAUGAAAGAAGAAACGAUGAACGUUUUCUUCUUUCUGCUUCAGUGAGAGAAAAAUACUGUUUGUAUAUUUGUUAAGUGUGUUAUUAGUCUGUUAUUAGAACUAGUAUUGAUUGAUGAGACUCCCCCCCUUUCUCUAUUUAUAAAACUUGUCUAUGUAAAAACAUUAGUUAAGUGGUUUGGUAUCAUUAGGACUCUUCCUCCUCCUCCUCCUUCUUCUUCUUCUGCCCUUAAAGUGUCUUGGUCUCAGAAACUGACAGCCACAGUUCAGAAAUCUCACCCACAACCCAAACAAAUAAAACAGAAUCACACAGACUGGCAAGAUGGUGGCGUUAAAAAACAAACUUUACAUUGUGGCCGUUAACAUUUGAACUGUAAGUCUCAAACAAAGUCCUUCCUGGAUUCUGUGGAUCCAGACAAAUCUAUCCACACAGGCCACGCCCAUUUUCAUAUUUUUUAAUCUAAAUCUGUUUUUAUGCUGCUGUUUCUUUUCCUAGCAGAAGAAGUGUUUGUCCCCCCCCACACACACAGGUUUUUGAUAUUCACAACUAUUUUGAAAUUAUACAUUUUUGAAUGUCUCAAUUUUACAUAAAUGAUCAUAAAUCAAAAUUGGCUUUAGCUCUUGUAGCCAAACUCGUGCACAUGUUCGGACACUAGGUGGCGCUUUUCUGCGCAGUCUUGGGAUAUUCUGCUGCUAGUGUGCACCUCAAAUGCAAAAUGUUUAUAUCUAGUAGAUAGGAGAGUGGAUUCUUGAAAAAUUAGGGAGACACAAUCUACAGUCAGGACUUGGUAAAGAUAAGUGAUGUGAAAUAUUAGAUUUUUGCAGAUAUCCAAAAUGCCAAUAUUGUCAAAGUCACUCUGGCCAAUUUGCAGAUGCUGAUAUGUACACGAGUUUUUUGCAUCUUACUGCAGUAAACAUCAAGUUUCUCCCGCACUGGAAUCAACAAAAUGUUUAAUAUGCCUACUUUUAUUGUGACGACCCGCUUGUCAAACACACUCUUCAAAAUGAACAAAUUCCCAGGAAUAAAACUGUUUAAAAACUA